GUGCAGGAGGAAGAAACAGUGCGCCAGGACCUGAGGAUGUCCGUAGAACCCGGAUUUGUCUGCACAGCCCGGGAUGCGUGAGAACUUUUACCUCCAAAACCUACUGUAGCUUUUCCUACUUUCCCGUAUACACAGGGCCGGGGUAAACCUUUUCGAUUGUGCAGUUUAAUUCUGUGAAUUAAAAAACGAAACUCCGCCAGCCGGCCGCUCACCUUGCGCGUGCGUGCUCGCUGUGGACCAUGCUGUCCCUCUGCCUGUUCUUGCUCCAGUGCCUGAGCCUCGUGCCUUUGGCCCCGGCCGCCAAGGGCCUCGAGUACCCACAGUACGACGGGAAAGACCGCGUCCUCGACAUCAAUGACAAGAAUUACAAGAAGGCCUUGAAGGAGCACAGCAUGGUAUGCAUGUUCUACCACGGGCCCGUAUCAGAGAGCAAGGAGCUGCAAAAACAACACAAGAUGACCGAGUUGGUGUUGGAGCUCGCCGCUCAGGUUCUGGAGGAGAAGGACGUUGGGUUUGGAAUGGUCGACUCCCACAAAGAUGCAAAAGUGGCAAAGAAACUAGGCCUGGAGGAGGAGGGCAGCGUGUAUGUUUUCAAGGCCGACCGGGUGAUUGAGUUUGACGGCUUGCUCUCGGCAAACACUCUGGUGGAGUUUCUGUUGGAUCUGCUGGAGGAGCCGGUGGAGCUGAUCGGUAAUCCUCUGGAGCUGAGAGCCUUCGAUCGGAUGGAAGUGGACAUCCGCCUCGUUGGAUUCUUCAAGAACGAGGACUCUGAGCACUAUGAAGCAUUUAAAGAAGCUGCAGAGCAGUUUCAGCCCUACAUCAAGUUCUUUGCCACAUUUGAGAAAUCUGUGGCCAAGGAGCUGACUCUGAAGCUGAACGAGGUGGAUUUCUAUGAACCCUUCAUGGAGGAGCCCGUCACCAUCCCGGGGAAGCCUCACUCUGAGGAGGAUCUGGUGAAGUUCAUAACUGAACACCGACGACCAACUCUGAGAAAGCUGCGUGCGGAGGAUAUGUUUGAGACCUGGGAGGAUGACAUUGAGGGCAUCCAUAUUGUGGCUUUUGCAGAGGAGGAAGACCCUGAUGGUUUUGAGUUCUUGGAGAUCCUGAAGGAAGUUGCGAGAGACAACACCCACCUACCAGAGCUCAGCAUCGUCUGGAUCGACCCCGACGAUUUUCCACUGCUGAUCCCUUACUGGGAGAAGACCUUCAAGGUGGACCUGUUCCGUCCCCAGAUUGGAGUUGUCAACGUCACAGAUGCCGACAGCGUGUGGCUGGAGAUGGAGGACGAGGAGGACCUGCCCACCGCACAGGAGCUGGAGGACUGGAUCGAAGACGUGCUCUCGGGCAAGGUCAACACUGAGGACGAUGACGACCACGGCGAUGAAGAGGAAGAUGACGAAGACGAGGACGAAGACGAAGACGAGGACGAAGGCGAGGACGAAGAUGCCGAAGACGAUGAUGGCGAAGAUGAUGAAGAUGAUGACGAAGACGACGACGAUGAAGAUGAUGACGACGAUGAAGAUGAUGAUGAUGAGUAAUCCAGUGAAGAUUGACUUUAUUGUUCUUUCUCUUCUUUACAUGGAUCUCAGACAAACAACUGUACUGUUACAUAAAAAAAUAAAAAUAAACAAUUAUUAUUUAUAAUAAUAACAAGAAUAAUAAAUGUAUCCAUAAUGUUUGCUAAAAAAAACAUUUUUUGGGGGACAAUGUAAAUGUGACUGGAAUGGGCUUUUUAUACUGGACCAGACAUUUCUCACAUUACACACAGA